AUGGGACGUUGCCUUAGAAAUCAUAGUAUCACUUAUAAAACACCAAAGGUACCAUAUGAAAGAGAAAGAUUUGAUGCUGAACUUAAACUUGUUGGUCAAUUUGGAUUGAAAAAUAAAAAGGAAAUUCAACGUGUUCACUAUAUGCUUGGACAUAUGAGAACUAUUGCUAAAGUUAUGUUAAUGAAAGAUGCUAGAGAUCCAAAGAGACUUCUUGAAGGUGCAGCUCUUCUUAGAAGACUUCAUAACCUUGGUAUUCUUCCAAGAGACCAAAACAAGUUGGAAUUUGUUCUUGCUCUUAAAGAAGAAAAUCUUCUUGAAAGAAGACUUCAAACUCUCGUUUACAGAAAAGGAUUUGCUAAAUCCAUUCACCAUGCUAGAGUUCUUAUUAGAGGAAAAAUGAUUAAAGUUGGUAAACAAGUUGUUGAUGUUCCAUCCUUCCUUGUUAGAGUUGAAUCAGAACCACUCAUUCAAUUAGCUGAUAAUACACCAUUAACCAAUCCAGAAAUUAAUGGAAGAAGAAAGAGAAAGAACAACCAUGCUGGUAAAGAAGAUAAUUAA